UAAACUCUCCAGCUAGGGAUUUUCAAAGCUCAGUUUCAGCAGUUUUUGCAGAUUUCUGAUGCACUGGCUACAACUGGGAAUCAAUUUUCACUACUUUGGCAUCAGGCUCAUCAUACAUAUCAAGCUGAAUUAAACUCCAGCAGCUCCUAUUGAGUCUCUGCACUCAUUAGAGACAUGGAUGCUUUUGAGGGAAUUCACAGCGUCCAGAUUUCUUCUUCUCCACCGUCUGCAACUUCAUCCAGCCCAGGAUAUGAAGUCCUCAAGGCAGGCAGAUCUGGAAUAGCAGUAUAUUCCUCGACCGUCUUUUUUGGGACACCUGGAGUCCUGGGACAGGCUGCAGCCAGACACAACAAGUCCAGCAGGGAAACUGAGGAGGAAGGCUGUGCUGUAGGAAGGUUGGUAGAUCUGGAUCCAGAGCCAGAGCCCAGGAUGGAGGGAGGGGGCCAGGCUGGGCCCACCUCAGGCAGAGACCAUGGUGACCUCUCCCGGCUCCGUAGCUCCUCUCUGGAAAUCCGAGAAAAAGAAAUCCGAGAGAAGGGCUCGGAGAUCCUAAGGGAACAGCUGGAUGCUGCAAAGAAGGAACUGAAACUAAAAGACAAGGAAUGUGAACGUCUGUCGCAGGUCAGGAAUCAGCUGGAGCAAGAGCUGGAAGAGCUGACCGCCAGUUUGUUUGAGGAAGCUCACAAGAUGGUUCGUGAAGCAAAUGUCAAACAAGCAGCAGCGGAGAAACAGCUGAAGGAGGCUCAGGGGAAGAUUGAUGUUCUGCAAGCGGAAGUUACAGCUCUUAAGACUCUAGUGUUGACGUCCACGCCUUCUUCACCGAACCGCCAGCUGCAUCCACAGCUGCUGUCUCCGGGUACCAGGGGAGCGUACAAACAUGUCGGAGGUCACAUCCGCAACAAGAGCGCGAGCGGUGCCUUCGCAUCCUCACCUGGAAAACCUGAACCCUCCUCAGUUCCCGUUCAGCCUGUGGCCAAAGAAGACCGAGAGCCUGCUGUUCCUGCUCUCCUCUCUCUGAUUCUCUGCCUGGUUCCUGGCCAGGCUGUCAGUAUGACCUAUGACCCUUAUUGGCAGGAGCAGGGGGAGGGGCAAGGGUCUGACAGCAGCAGACAGAUGGACUCAGUUCUGUAUGCAGAGUUUUUGAUGUGGAGGGAACAUCCGAGUCUAGACCGCUCCUCUGCCUUCCUGAGUCGGAUCUACAGAGAAGAUAUUGGACCCUGCCUCUCCUUCACAAGAUCUGAGUUGUCCCAGCUGGUGCAGAGCGCGGUGGAAAACAACUCUUUGACUAUCGAGCCUGUGGCCAUGUCAGCAUUACCGAUGGUUAAAGCCUCAGCGAUUGAGUGCGGAGGCCCUAAUGGCUUUAGGGCAGCAAUAGAAACAAAAUGUGCAUUAAGCGGCGUGUCGCGGCUCUGCCGACAUCGCAUUAAACUUGGCGACAAGGGGAGCUACUACUACAUCUCUCCUUCCAGCAGAGCACGGAUCACGGCUGUUUGCAAUUUUUUUACGUAUAUCCGCUACAUCCAGCAGGGUCUGGUGAAACACGAUGUGGAGCAGAUGUUCUGGGAGGUGAUGCGUCUCCGCAGAGAAAUGACUGUGGCCAAGUUAGGUUUCUACUUCACUGACCAGGGCUAGAGGACCCGACAGUUCACUAAAACACCCAACAGGACAGCAUGAUCCCAGGAUCUUACUUACUCAGACAAGUCUGGGUUAAACUGUGGUAACAAACAAGUCUUGGAUCAGUUUUUGUAGCAGAGGGUGUACAACAUGAGUGCUGCAGCAAAGGUCAAUCAACAAGGGAAGCAGAAAAUAAUUAACUGCCACUUUUGAAUUUGCAAUUAGAGUCAAACCAAUACUGCAGGAAAGAAGUAAAAAUUAUUUUUAGACAGGCUGUUAUUCCCAGAUUUGUAAAAUAUAAUUUUCUGUUGUAUUGCAGGCCAAGUAACUAACCACUGUCCUCCAGAUAUUCUCAUUGCAAGUGUUUCAGUUUUUAUUCUUGUGAGCGCUGAACCUCCCCGGUGGAGUACACACAACUUCUCAUGCUAAUACAAUAGAUGGUAUGUGUCAUGUUUCAGGCAUUAGUCUGUUGAAAAGAUGAGCAGAGCACAGGAUGACCGCAACCUGCAGAGUGUAGUUGGUCUCUUACCUCAAGUAUUACAUACUUAUAUAAGUAAGUAUAUAUGUAAUAGUUUCAUUGUGAGAUUGAUAAUAAUCUAUGUAGAUCUCACCGAACAGUGAUCUGUUUCUUAUGCAUCACUUACCACCACAGCAAGGACAUUUUGUCCCCGCAUGGCCUUAAUUUUGUCGAUGCACUCUUGCACUACCUGUUCUAGAUGCCUUGUAUUAAAAAAAACAAAAAAAACACCUGCAGCUUCUGCUGCAUGUUAGCCUGGCCUGUACUUAAUAAUCAGAUAUAAUGUCAAUGAAUUAGUAACAGCUUUACUAUGUAGCUGGUAAAUGAACAAGCUUUAAUACAUGUGAUAUGAUUGCAAUAUGCACAACUGUAGUUUUGCACGUCUGCAAUCAACAGUAUGUACAUACAGUAUAAGCCAUAAAUGACUUUGCAUGAAUGCAGUUCAUAGCCAUAUUAUGCAAUUAUAUUGGCUGUCGUACCUCAUAGUAUAGAUUUAUUAUUAUUAAUGGCCAAUUUUUACAGGAAAAAAAAAUCUUUUGAAGGUAAAAAUGAAGAAUAUUGAGUCAGAAAGUGCAAUAACUGCUUCUUAGCCUUAUUUAGGGCUUUGAGGUUCCUAACCUCAGUGUACUGAUGAUAAUGUCUUCCAGUGUAAACGCUCCAUUAAAGAUGAGGCAUUGUAGCCUGACUACA